AUGAUCACAUUUAGUUGGCACAAAGUCUUUGCCGCCGGCGAAGGAGCACACAUACCCGAACUCGCCGACAACCCACCAGAACCACCUAGUUUGGAGUUUUACGUCCCUCCUUUCAACUCCAACCCAACGUCGGCUAUACUCUGCCAGACAUGCCGCAGUCUCCGUGAGAUUGCUGAGCCGGUCCUUCACCGACACAUUUACAUUCCAAAUGCGAGUGUGAAGAAGUUCAUAUCACUGUUCAAGUGUUGGAAAGCACGGCCUCACUGCGCUCAGUACACCCGAAGACUCACAAUUGAGGCAAGAUCACAACGCCUUGAAGGAUAUUCCCACCGUGCAGUAACGCGUCUCAUUGAUCUUGAAGAUGCCGAUUUCGUUUCUGGCAUCAUCCAAGAUGUAGGUCUCGAGAUACGACCCGAUUGGUACGAGUAUGACUGGAACAUCAACGUCUUCGUGGAAGUCGCCAUGUUACUGGCACAGAACGCCGAAUCCGUUGAGUUGAUGUUUGAACCCAAACGCGGCGUCUAUCGACAACCCUUUGACAUGAUCCCCGAGCCGAACAAGACAACUAAGCCAAUCCUCUUCAAUAAUCUUCGACACCUUCACUUGAUGCAACCAGGCCUCAGUACUAUGGACGAGUUCAAGUCUAUUUUGCACUGCGCGCCAAACCUUCAAGGACUUCGGCUUGAUCUUUGCGACGACCCUAUGUCCGUUUUCACCCUUCCGCCGAACCUCACCAGUCUCAUUCUACGGCGCACCAAUCUCAGUACACGGCACUUCCAAUCAAUGACCUCGAACUUCACCAUGCUACGCCAUCUAGAGCUUGUUUUUAAUGGCUUCUCACGAGAAGCAUCCAUCAUGGAGGCCAUUGCAAAGCAUCGUAACACUUUGACGAGUCUCAUAUUGAUAUCUGGCAAGACUCUUCCCUUUGCAAAGCUGAAGAGUCUCCACAAACUCGAAUCUCUUACCAUGAGCAUCGAGACCGUGCGGCCCGAGGAUUUGUUGGGUUCGCUUCCAUCUUCUUUGCGCGAGUUACGCAUUCUGGAAGAAACGGAUGGCGGGACUGCACAUCGACCUGAAAUAUGGUUCGAAGAUUUCAACGCCGACUUGGAUGCACGAAGUGGCAUUUGGGCUCUCCUCGCACUAGUACUCCUGGUCAAUCUGGCCGCCAGUCUCUACCAGCUUCCCCUCAGCAGAGUCAUUGAACGCCGCCUCUGCCGCGAGCAUUACGCGGUCACAGAUCCUUCGGUAAUCGACAAAGAUGGCAAUGUUGCAGAAGGUUUUUGCAAGGUGGACGAUGUGCAGCAGGGUCUUGCCUGGAUUCAAGGAACUAUGGAAACGGCGUGGAUCGUGGGUGACUUCAUCAUGACGGUUCCGUUGGGAUUCCUCGCGGAGAGGUACGGUCGGCGGUCCAUCCUCUGCCUCAACAUUGUGCCCCGCAUCAUCUUGUUGACGUGGGCCGUUAUCGUGGGGUACUUUGAGCAGACCUUGCCGACCAAAGCCAUGAUCGCAUCCCCGUUCUUCUCGGUCCUAGGCGGUGAUUGUGUUUUCAACUCAAUCACAUAUGCCAUAGCUUCCAACAUGACAGACGACCACGUCCUGAGGGCCACGUAUUUCGGAUGGAUGGGCUCCGUGUCGUAUGUCGUCAACUUGCUUGGCCCAGCUCUCGCAUCAGCAUCUAUGAGUCUUCUUCUCUGGCUUCCGUUCUGGAUUGGAAUCGCUCUCCUUCUUCUGGCCAUUCCCGCUAUCUCCCUCUUGGAGGAAUCACCUGACAGCCACCCUGACGCGGACGACCAAGCGAGACCUCUCCUCUCAUCUCCUGUGCUGAAAGCUCAAGACGCCGAUUCAUCCCUUCUGAGAUCCAUCCUCCAGCGCUUCGGCGUCUUGAAGUCUAUCGUCGCAGGUCAUCCUCGCAACAUGACCCUCCUGCUCAUCAGCUUUGUCCUCACCUCGCUCGCAAGCUCGGACACGAAGUUGCUUGUGCAAUACAUCUCGAAACGCUAUCACUGGACGUUUGCGUCUACAGGCUAUCUCCUCUCCGCCAAAGCCGUCGUCAACUUCACGCUCCUGACGGCCAUCAUCCCCGCCAUUCUUCGGUCGAGACAGAAUAGGUUGCGGCAUAUUCCGCCUGAGCUGGCCAGUCACCGGAUGAACAUACACUACGCCAACAUCUGCUUGGUUGUCUCUAUCCUCGGUGCUCUGGCGAUUGCUGUAGCGAGCCGGAUCUGGAUGAUGGUACCCUCACUGUUUCUCUACGCUCUCGGCUCGGCGCUGCCGGUAUUCACGCUAUCACUGCUCAAGUCUCCCUUCAUCUCACCAAAGAGACACGACCAGCCGGUCGACUCCGCGGACCCAGAGUCACACAUAUUUUCGAUUGUGAUGAUGGUCAAGACUUCAGGAUCGCUUUUAGGCGCACCACUGAUGAUGGUCCUAUGGGUGAAGAGCAUAGCGAUCGGCGGCGCAGCUCUCGGCAUCCCGUACCUUAUUUCAGCCAGCUGUUAUCUUGCUGCUUUGCUCGUCUUAGGUCGCAUCACAACGGAGUAG